UACGGCGUACCUCGGGAAUUCAUUGUGCAGCCAAAAGUUUGGUAGAAGCUCUUUAUGAGAAUAUAACUUUAUCCGCUUUAUGCAUUUCAGAUAUCAAAUUUAGUGAUGAAGCAGCAGAAAUAUUUGCAAAGGCACUUUAUAAAAACACAACUAUGGCGUUCUUAUGUCUUAAUUCUAACCAGUUUGGUUUUAAAAGUGGAAAAGCACUUGCAAAUGCUCUCUUUCUUUCUAGUAACAAUUUUACCUUUAAAGAAGGACAAGUAUUGGCAGAAGUUCUUUAUAAAAAUUCCACUUUAGCUUCAUUGGAUCUUAGUAAUAAUCGACUUGGUUAUGAAGGGAUAAAA